AACCCAUGUGAGUAUAGCGACCUGCCUUAGUUCUAUGAUUCUUCGGCAUCGCGUUGGUCGCACGAAAGACUUUGGGAAAGCGCCGGGCAGACACUUAGGCUUUGUGAGUGUUUUGUGGCACUGUAACUUCCUAUCCACUGCCAAAGAUGUAUAUGCAGGUUGAAAGUCAUUCAAACAAACGCCUUCACUUGAAGAGAUCCCCGGGCAUCAGAUCUUGGUCUAUCUUUGUAGGAAUCUCCUCCAUUGGCAUAGCUGCUGCUUAUUAUAGUGAAGAAAGCCUGGGAUGGAAACUCUUUUAUCUUGUUGGCUGCCUCUUUGUAGCUGCACAAAACCUGGAGGAGUGGGAAGAAGUUAUAUUUGAGAAAGAUGCAGGAAAGGUUUACUUAAAGUCAUUCAGCCUUUACAAAAAGGUGUUGACCUUUUCCAGAGCUGGCCAUGAACAAGUGGUUGUUCCGUUGGAUGAAAUACAGGCUGUAAAUGUAGAAGAAGAGAAAGUUCGUUACUUUGGGAAGGGGUACCUAGUUGUACUGCGAUUUGGCACUGGGUUUUCACACCCUCUCACACAGAAUGCAGUGAUGGGCUACAGAAGUGAUGUUGAGGCUGUGGCCAAAAUCAUUGUUGGUUUCCUUGAACUGAACGAGUUUCAGAUUGACGAAGGCCUUGAAACGAGUAGUGGAACGGAUGUUAGUGAUGAAGAUCAAGCAAAGGACAAAUAGUUACAUGAACUCUGAUACGUAAAAACCAAAAAUUUUCUGGAUGGUAGAAAACUUGAAUCUGUUACAUUAUUAAGUUCUAGAAACAUUUUUUAAUUGUUAACUUCCUGUGUAUAAUGUUAAGCAUACAGAUUUGCAACAAUCAGAAAGGAGUUUCUUCCAUAUUUUCUAGAGCAGGGGUGCCAAACUCACGUCAUCAGGGUGGCGUCACGUGAUGUAUCAGGACUUUCCCCCCCCCCUUUGCUAAACGGUGGAGCCAGCAUGUGACGCAUCUGGUCCGCGGAUCGCAAAUUUGACAUCCCUGUUCUUGAGUCUAGACCUAUGGAUCUUUCAACUGAAAGAUUUUCCGGUGGGAAUACCAUUUGGGCAUACUUUAGAUGAUUACCUAAUUCCCGAUAAGUCUUGAGCCUAUUUCUCCUUCUGCACUCCUUGUGAUAUUUUUAAAUUUCAAUAAAAUCCUCCAGCAAGAGUAUCAUGAGGCCAUAGACUUCAAAUGUAGAGCGUACUAUUUGUCAACAACUGCACUUCCCCCGGAGGAGCAGUAUAAAAACUUUUGCUUCAGAGCAAACCAGUUUGACACUACACCCAGAUUUGAGGCUGGGAUGUUUCCCCUCUAAACAAAAGGGAAAGCAGGAACAACUCCAGAGAAGACCCAUCUGCAAGUGAUUACCAGUUGACAAGCUAUAGUACAUGUUACAUAGUGCAGAACCUCUUCUAAUGGUUUUCGCAAUUAAGGAGGUCUGUAAUUACAAGUGAAAUUUGUCCUGAUCCAAGGUUGUUUUAAACAAAACUGGACUCCUGCUUGUAGUUAAUUGGCAGUCUGUAAACUUGUAGUUACCAGUCUGUAAUCAACAGUAGUUAGGUUCUUCCUAUCUAGAAAAGGACAUAAAUGGGAUUCCAACCAAAGGCUAGCUCUCUAAUGACAGCCCACAGAGGUGAUAUGAGUCUGUAAUGGUAAAUCAGUGACUAUAAUAAAUUCUAAAAGUUAGAGAGCUGAAAUUGAAUGUUUUGAAUGCAACUUUUCAAAAAAAUGCAUAUUUUUCUUGAUGGUUUGCGUUAAAUUACUGUUAGCUUUUCCUCAGCAACCACAUUUGAUAUUGCAUCCUUAAAAUUGAUAAGCACAAUGAAAGUCUUAUGUGUGUGCAUAUGCUUGCGGGUUUGUUUUCAAUUCAUGAUUCACAUUAUAUCCAUUUUUCUCAUAUUAGUUUGAUGGUGAUUAUAUUUAACUUUCUACUGGGGCCAAGUACCAAUAAUGUCUGUGUUAAAUUUACUGUAGUUCAAAGGAAAUACCCAGUCUAAUAGAUAAUUAAAUGAUAGAUUUUUAUUUCAAAAAUGGGAAAAAUGCUAUAUGUCAGAUAUUUCUGUUUAGAGGGUUUUUUUAAAAAAAAGAAAGAAAGAAAAAGAAAUAGUAAAUAUCAAAAAGGAUUAUCCAGUGUAUUUUAUUAAACUUAAAAGGUUUAGGGUCUGUCAUUGGUUUCCACAUAUGAAAAGUAAAUACCCCACAUUCUAGAAAUUCUAAAAAUAUAUUGAUUGU